UUUAUGGUCCUGCCAUGCACGAACGUGUAUAAUACUCACUAUCUUAGAGUUGAUCACAAGCCUGUAAACGCACUUCAGCCAGUUUGUGUAGCAGACAACAUCAAUUCAAUGAAACGAGUAUAGCCACCUCUACCAACAAGGCAACGCUGUUCUGCAGCUGCACACAAGUGCAUUCAAGAUGGCUGAAAUAAUUCAGUUCGCGAGCGACUACUGGGUUACACUUUUGGCUGGUUUCCUGAUUCUUCUGUUUUACCGAUACUGUGUUGCACCAUUCACCUUAUUCAGGAGGCUUGGAAUCAGAGGGCCCACACCGCUUCCACUUUUGGGAAAUUCAGGAAGAGUCCUUUUGGAUCAAAAUAUUGCUCCGAAGCUUCAUCGAGAGUGGUGUAGGAAGUAUGGCAGGGUGUUUGGGAUGUACUUUUUUCGUCAGCCUUUUCUGAUGGUGGCUGAUCCGGAAAUGAUCAGAGAUGUCUUUGUCAAGGAGUUUCCCAAAUUUCACGAUAGAAAGAACUCCUUAAAAUUACGAAAACCCUAUGACAAAAUGUUGGCAAUAGUUACUGGUAAAAAAUGGAAGGAUAUUCGAAGUACUCUGUCACCAGCAUUCAGUGCCUCUAAAAUGAAACAGAUGAUGGUGCUGAUGAAUGAAGCAGUGGGAACACUUAUGAAAAAAGUGGACUAUAUUUCAAGAACAAAAGAGAUUGUUGACUUCAACAGUUGGCUCCAGAGUCUUACCAUGGAAAUAAUUCUGUCGACAGCGUUUGGAGUCAAAGCAGAAACACAGACUGAUGAAAAUGAUCCAAUCACUCAAAUGGCAAGAAAAGCAACAACACCACAUCCCAUCAUUGGCGUUCUGUUUCUUCUGCCUUUUGGAGACUGGUUAUCCAAGUACGUUCCAGACCCAUUUAAUUUUGAGAAGAUGUGGUCUCUUGCUGAAAACAUUCUUGCUGAAAGGACGAAAGUAAACGGAACAAGCAAACCACAGCGAGGGGACAUGUUGCAACUUAUGCUGGAUGCGAAAGACGAAACAGGGGGAGAAAAGAUUGACUAUGAAGACAUCAUUGCCCAGACUUUGGUUUUCCUUAUCGCUGGUUAUGAAACAACAAGUACCACUCUGGGCUUUGUUUGUUAUCAUCUUGCUGUUGACACGCAUGUGCAAGACAAACUGAGGAAUGAAAUUGACCGUCUAUGGCCCGUAGACGAGGCGUCACCGUCUUAUGAUGUCCUUCAUGAGAUGGAAUAUCUCGACAUGGUUAUUAACGAAGCACUCAGGAUGUAUCCCCCGGGCUUUAUGACACAAAGAGAUUGUAAUGAAACCUGCACCAUCAAAGGGAUUAAAAUUCCGAAAGGACUGCCCGUCAUGAUACCAAUUUAUGCCAUCCAUCAUGACCCAGAGUUUUGGCCGGAGCCAGAGAGGUUUGAUCCGGAGAGGUUUACAGAGGCGGAGAAAGCAAAACGUUCUCCUUAUGCGUUCCUGCCUUUUGGUUAUGGUCCCCGAAAUUGCAUUGGCAUGCGAUUUGCUUUGCUAGAAAUUAAGCUGACGUUGGUGCGAUUACUGAAGAAGUACAAUCUAGAGAGCACCGAGAAAACAGCGGUUCCCCUGAAUUUUGCAGUAGCUCUCUCCCUUUCGUGUCCUCCGGGGAAAAUCAUGCUACGAGUUUCCAAGAGGGAGUAAAGCAAGGUUUUGAUCGCUGCCUGCACAAUAUUAGCAAGUACAAUGUAAUUGAGUCACUCAGUCAGGCAACUUAAAUAUUUCAAAAGAAAACUGUUUUUAGAAGGAGGAAAAACCAAUUUUUUCCAUCACUGCAGAUUGAUGUGGAGGCGUUCGUAGUAAUAUUCCAUGUAUAACUUAUGGUGAGAAAUUCACUGCUGCCAGCUACAAUAUUUAACAAAUUAUUCACCAAAGUAGAGGUAAAUAUACACCACAUUCACCAACAUUGAGGUGAAUGAUCGUUUCAGUAUACACCACACAGAUACCAAAAAGUGAUUUGAUUCUCCCAAUAUACCGAAAAAUGAUCAGAAAUUUAACUCUUGACGCGUGGUUUUGUUCGGAGGAGAAUUGAACGUUGCUAUUCAUUUCUGAACUAGCCGAUCAGCGCACGUGAAAAGCACUAUUUACUUGUGUGGUAAAUACUAAUACAUCAUGUAUUAUAUUCUCUCAGAUCUUUGAAGGGCAAGACAUGAUAAUAAAUAUAUGUAUACUGAUAGAGAAAAGAAAAUGGUGAACUAUGGCAAAAUCACUCACGAUGAAAACCGAUCAUGUUUCGGCGGAUUUCCUCGGUAUUUAAAGUGUCAAAAUACGCUUGUGCAGAGAAAUUGUGUACAUAAAAUCUUUGUAGACCAAAAGGAACUGUAGAAAUGUUCAAUUUAAUGUUAGGGGCACUAUUCAAGGACGAGUUGCUUUUAAGUUGAUUUGAGCUCGGAGGCUGGUAAUAAAUGUUAUUCACUACCGUAGACGGCUAUGUAUAUGACCACAAUACUUUGCGAUAACUGUGCUUUGAUUAAACGCUUUUUUAAUAGGA